CCGAGUUGACUUGAACGAACCCUAACGGUGGGACCAGGUCGGAAGCAAAGUAAGUCCCAAACUGAGGGUAUCUGGUCAAAGAUACAUAUUGUUUUUAAAAGACAUUGUGUUACUGGAGCCGGGCCUGGAUCUUUUAGCAUCUGAUUGAGCUGGAAGCAGCUCGUAGGUUUUUUUUUGUUGUUGUUGUUUUUUUAUUCAUGUUUGUACAAUCUUCUGGAUUUUUUUUUUCAAGAAGGAGUAAAAGGGAGUGUUGGCAACUAACAAAUAGGAUUAAACCCCUCGGCGCUUAAGGAAACAGGUUAAGGAACUUAAUCCAGGAUGGAUAUGCAGGAGCCGCAGCAGCUGGGCAUGUUUGCGGAGGGCGAGCUGAUGUCUGUGGGCAUGGACACUUUCAUCCAUCGCAUCGACUCCACUGAGGUCAUCUACCAGCCACGGCGGAAAAGGGCCAAGCUCAUCGGCAAGUACCUGAUGGGAGACUUGCUUGGAGAAGGGUCUUACGGCAAAGUCAAGGAGAUGCUGGACUCUGAAACCCUCUGUAGGAGAGCUGUGAAAAUCCUGAAGAAGAAGAAGCUGCGCAGGAUUCCCAACGGGGAGGCAAACGUGAAAAAGGAAAUUCAGCUGCUGCGACGAUUACGGCACAAAAACGUUAUCCAGUUGGUAGAUGUAUUAUACAACGAAGAGAAGCAGAAAAUGUAUAUGGUGAUGGAGUACUGUGUGUGUGGGAUGCAGGAGAUGCUGGACAGUGUCCCAGAAAAGAGAUUUCCAGUUUUUCAGGCUCAUGGGUACUUUUGUCAGCUUAUCGACGGCUUAGAAUACUUGCACAGCCAAGGGAUUGUCCACAAGGAUAUAAAACCGGGGAACCUCCUGCUAACAACCAACGGGACACUAAAAAUAUCCGACUUGGGCGUAGCAGAGGCGCUGCAUCCGUUUGCAGAGGACGACACGUGCAGGACAAGCCAAGGGUCGCCAGCAUUCCAGCCACCAGAAAUCGCCAAUGGCCUUGACACCUUUUCUGGCUUUAAAGUAGACAUCUGGUCCGCAGGGGUCACGCUAUACAACAUUACAACGGGUCUGUAUCCUUUUGAAGGGGAUAAUAUCUAUAAGUUAUUUGAAAACAUCGGGAAAGGUGACUACGUGAUUCCAGAGGAUUGUGGUCCUCCACUCUCAGACUUGUUGAGAGGGAUGCUUGAAUAUGACCCAGCCAAGAGAUUUUCAAUACAACAGAUAAGGCAGCACAA